AACACCACAGAUUGGGGAUGGCAGAGAGGAGAAGGACAUUUUUUCUAUUCCUAUGCAUUUCACAUUCUCUUGCUGGUUGUUUGGUCCAAAGUAGCUUCAUUUCUGCUUUUCUCCCCAAUGCUGAUGAUGAUUUAGCCACUGUGGAUACAUUCCCUUGGGUAGUGUCCUUGAAGGAUUCGUGGUAUACUCAUUUGACUUUUGGAUGCAACCUAAAUGAGUUCUGGACCCUAAGCAUUGCUUUCUGCUUUCAGAACAGGAGGAAGGUUUUGGCAUUGGUCGGUAUCGCUGACGUGCAUGCCAGGAGAAGAACCCAGCUACAGUAUCCAUCUCCUCCAUCCUCAGGCAUGAGGGGCUUCAACGACAUGACCAUGGAAAACAACCUUGCUCUCCUGAAGACCUACACAGCCAUAGAGUUCAAUGACCAAGUUCAGCUGAUCUGCUUACCUGGCAGGAAGCGCCCAGGAAUCCUGGAGAGCUGCUGGGGAUCAGGAUGGAUCCGCACUGCUGCAACUAGAAAGAAAAUGGAGAUGGGUGUCCUAAGGAAGGCAUUCUCCGUGCAGGAAGUGUGGCCCUGUUCCUUAAAAAGACCCUGGGGAACGGCCUGCCACAGGUCCAGGGAAGAGGACAAUGUCUUUGGAUGCUUGGGAGACCCGGGAAACCCAGUGAUGUGCCAAGCCAAGGGGGUUCUGAGAGGCGUCCUGAACAAAGGUGGCCUGAGCUGCAUUGGGCCGUUUCUCUGCACCAAGCUCUCUUCCUACAGUGAUUGGAUUUCCAAAAGGAAAAUGAAAGACUGCCUUGAUUUAUUCCCCGGCUUCAGAUGGCAAUCUACACCCUUCCCUGCUGUGAGAUUGAAACUGCAGAACAUCACCUUGGUGAAGCCACCCCAAGUCUUCUCUUUUCCUCCUCCUCCUCCUCCUCAGACAGAGGACCUCUCAAAGAUGCAGAAAGGACAAGCCCAGUUAAAGUCUGCUCCAGUUAAAACAGCCACCUCCUCACAAGGGAUGCAGGCUUCUGGGAGUCCGGAAAUGGAAUACCAAGAGAAUGAGGUAGGGAGAGCUGGCUUGGUAGGCCUAGCAGAGUCUAUGACUACUACAGUGGGGAAGUCAUGCCCAUCUCAGGUCAGGUCAGGCUCUGUCAGGCCCAGGGAAUGGUCCCUGCCUUCUUCGUGCUGGCUCUUCACUUUGAAGGCAUCUGAUCCAGGAGGGAGCUGGCUGACCCAAGAUCCUCCGAAGGGAGACAUUUAGAAUUCAACACCCGUGGUCUUCAGGAC